GGCGUCGACUUCGAUCGGAAGUCAACACACAGAAACUCAAAGACUCGCAACUCUGCUUUCAUGUCGGGGCCGUCUGGAUGGAGGGGACUCUGAACGCGGACCGGGCUACAAACCCUCACAUGCCAGCGUUGUGUCUGCAGUUAUGGCCACGGAGAGCAGCGUGUGGAGUACCUGCGACUACAGCCACAAUGUCACCUUCUUCUACAACUGGGUGGGCAAGAAGAUCAGCGUAGCGUGGACGACGCGGGACUUUGUGGUGAUCGGGCUGGGCUUGACGGUGUGUCUCAUCGUGGUCUUGGCCAACCUGCUGGUGAUGGUGGCCAUCUUCAUGAACCACCGCUUCCACUUCCCCAUCUACUACCUCCUGGGCAACAUGGCUGCAGCAGACCUGUUUGCAGGUAUCGCCUACGCGAACCUGAUGUUGCACACGGGCCCGUGGACGAGCACGCUCUCCAAGGAGCAGUGGUACAUGCGCGGGGCUUUGAUCGACAUCAGCCUCACGGCCUCCGUGGCCAACCUGCUGGCUGUUGCCGUGGAGCGCCACCAGACCAUCAUCACCAUGCAGCUGCACAGUAAGAUGACCAAACGGCGCGUGGUGCUGCUGAUCGUCUGCAUCUGGGCCGUGAGCAUCGUCAUGGGCCUGGUGCCCUCCUUGUUUUGGAACUGCGAGUGCUAUCUGGAUGACUGCUCCACCGUCGCUCCGCUCUACAGCCGCCGCUUCCUCGUCUUCUGGGCAGUUCUCAACCUGCUCACUUUCUUUGUCAUGGUGGCCGUGUACACUCGUAUCUUCGUCUACGUGCGAUACCAGACGCGCCACGCGUCUCAUCACAGCACGGAGAUGCGCCACAAGCAAACUGUUUUCAACCUGAUGAAGACCAUCUCCAUGGUUCUGGGCGCCUUUGUAAUCUGCUGGAUGCCCGGCCUCGUGACUCUCUUACUGGACGGGCUGCUGGGUAAAGCAAGCCACGCCAACGCCUUUGAGAAGUUCUGUUUGGUGAUCGCGGAAUGCAACUCUCUGGUCAAUCCCAUCAUCUACACCCUGCGAGACGACGAGAUGCGCAGGACGUUCAUGUGGAUCUUGUGCCGCUUGCGUCGGAGAGGUGCUGACCAGCCGAGGAAGCUGUCGCCUGUGGAGAUCAACUCCCCGCUGCCGGAGGAAACUCUUGGCUGUGUCCAGAAGUUAGAAGAUCAGGCCGUCCGUACGGAAACAAACGAUAAAGAAGACAGUUGGACAAUACCGGGGGUAUGAUGGCCUUCAAAAUAAACAAGCUUAACCUUUACUGUCA